GACAUUUGGGCUCCAGGCUGCGCGGGGCGGUGGCAGAGGUCAGGCCGUUGCCGAGGCGGCCACAUGCCGCUGGCCCUGCUCCCGGCGCUCCUGCCCGCGCUGCUGGCCGGGCUGGGCGGCGCCGUCGCGCCGAGCGGGGGCGCCGCCUCCGGGGCCGGGCCGCCGCCGCCGCCGCCCCCGGAGUUCCGCAUCGACCUGGACGUGGAGCCCGAAGAGAGGUUCCGAGAGGUCACGCUGCACUUCCGCGCGCCCGUGCAGGGCCUCGUCGCGCACCUCGAGGCGGCGGGCGGCCGCCUCGGCGUGGCCUUCGUCCGCCGCCUCGUGGCGCACCGCGGCGUGGAGAAGGACGAGGAUCGCGGGCGGGGGAGGUCAGGGGCUACGCGAAGUACGCGCAGAUUCCGCUCGAGUACGCCCAGCUUGCGCAGAUGAUCUACGAGCUGCAGACCAUCAUGGUUCCUGUCGAGAACGUGACCUGGCCCUGGGGCCAGAGCACCCAGCGCAGCGGCUUGGAGCCAUCCUUCGGGUGCACGGGCAUCGUGGCCAGGAGCGCGGACGACGGCACGGUGAUCCACGCCAGGAAUUUGGAUUUCAGCUUCGCCAGGUGGUUGCAGAAGAUGAGUUACGUCGGCCCAGCCGCUGUUUCUGUCUUCUCCUACUCCUCCUCCUCUUCCUCCGUCCUCCUCCUCUCCCCUCCUCCCUCUUCCUCCUCCUCCUUUCCCCUCGUCGGCACGUUUUUCAAGGGAG